AGGGGACAUAUAAGUUUGACGCAGUGUUUGUCUUUAUUUCCACGCAGGCGCAGUUUACCAUACGCUCCACGAGCUUGCCCCGUUCUGUUAAUGCUAAUAAAAACCCAUGGCCUGCCCCAGUCAAACAAUGUGGUGCUUUUCCUUGCAGAGGAGAUCUCUCCACUCCUCGUCAUGUUUAAUGAAGAAGUUAAAGGGUAAAACUCCCGCCGAGCAGCGCUGGCUGCAGCGGCAGCUCAAAGACCCGUAUGUCAAAGCUUCUCACGCACAAAACUUCCGGUGCAGAAGUGCCUUCAAACUGCUGGAGAUAGAUGACAAGUUCAGGCUUUUACAGCCUGGAUGUAGUGUGGUGGACUGCGGAGCUGCACCUGGAGCCUGGAGCCAGGUGGCGGUCCAGAGAGUCAACUCCGCCGGGACAGCUGAGGGAGAUGCAGUGUUACCACAUGGUACAGUUGUUGGCAUUGAUUUGCUGAACAUACCACCUCUGGACGGUGCCCACUUCCUGUCCAGUCAUGAUGUUACCGACCCUGUCACGCACACCAAGCUGCUGGAGCUGCUCCCCAACGGCCAGGCUCAUGUCAUCCUGAGCGACAUGGCGCCCAAUGCCAGCGGGUUCCGGGAAAUGGACCAUGAGAAACUCAUCACAAUGUGUUUGUCUUUGAUAGACUUGGCUGAGAAAAUUUUACAGCCGGGGGGCUCUUUGGUUUGUAAAUACUGGGAUGGGAUCCUCGCUCAUAAACUUCAGAAGAAACUCUCAAGUGUGUUCAGUAGUGUUCAGACUUUAAAGCCAAAUGCCAGCAGGAAAGAUUCAGCUGAGCGAUAUUUCCUCGCUAGAAUGUACAGAAAGCCAGUAAAAGGAUAAUAGUUGUCUUUUAUUUUUCUAAUGUGUAUCCUGAAAUGAUCAAUUUGUCCAAAUUAGAUGUUUUCUGGAGACGGUUUUUGAUGAGUAAACAUGAAUAAGAGGCUUGCUUAGUAACUUUGAUCAAAAGGUGGCACUGUUGAGGCAUCAGUCAGGUUCACAGCUGCAGGCACAGACACAUGCAAACUUAACACAGUAACAGCAGUGAAUCAGUAAAAUGUUAAAUCUAUGCAAGAAUCAUCAGGGUGAUAUUCCUCAAGAGCCCAAUGCUGUGUGUUCUCUCUGAAGUUAUUGUUUGCCCCACAGUGUUUGUUCUACACAGUCAGUUUGGUAUUUGCUUUGUUACAAAAAGUCAUUUACCAGUGCUGCUUAUGCUAAUAAUUUGCACUGCCAGCCAUGUAGCAAUAUGCAAUCAUUCUCUCAUUGAGAGCUUAUGGAGGAACAACCUAAUACAGAGUCAUAUACAAGAUGACUAAUGGGAAGAGGGAUGAUACUGAAGCUUGGCAUGCUGCAAGUGUUGUCAGGCUCUGCUCUCUGACUGUGCAGAGAUGUCCAUUUCCUGUGAAAAUAUUUUCAGCCCAGUAGACCGAUUUUUUUCGAAGAUUCUUCUUUGAAUGCCUGUGUUGGAAACUUUGGAAUGUAUUUGUGUUUGUGUCUGUUCUUUUUCAUACUGAUUUGAUUCUGGUCUGACCAGAGUUCAGAAACACUGGUAUUGAAAUAAAGGGAUGUUUCUGCCAAAGCUGCAUUGUAAAAGACACAACUCAUAUAUUUGAUGUCAUAGAUAUAGGGAUUCACACUAUAGCCUUGCAAAUACAACAUUGUCUACAAUGUCAUGUACAUAGUUGUUCUUCUUUGACUUGCAGUGACUCCAUCCAUCAGGGGCGUAGCACAAACAUUUGGGCCCUGUGCAUAGGCCCUCUCAGUGGGCCCCCUUCUCUUUUUAAUACAUAAUUUGUCAUGCAUGUACAAAUAUUUUUUGGGGCAUUUUUUGCCUUAAUUAUAGUCAACAGUAGAAAAAUGACAUGCAGGACAAAGAGAGAUGGGAAAUGGCACCCCUUGUACAAAUAACGGACUAAAAAACACCUGCAUUCUUAAGGUGGAUUUAUGGUUGUACAUAGGCUCUAUGCAGAGCCCACGCCGUAGCCUAUGUAAGUGGCCUAUGCCGUUGUGAGGAUUUAUACUUGUGCGCUGGUGUGUCUGCAUCGUUCUAGCGUAUCUUUUUAAGAGAAUAGCAGAGCCGGUGUGUGUGCGUGGGGAGUGUGGUAGAGUGAGUGAGAGAGUCAUAGGGGUUAGCUUUGGAGCGAGUACCGACUCUGACAUGGGAGAUGGAGAAACAAAGUGUCUCCCCUGUGCUUUCUGACCACGGUCGGAGAAGGAGAACCUGUAAAUGAGAGGGAAAUGAGGGAAAUUUGACGCUACCAAGCCACGGCCAAGUGGACCAGUUACAGUUGCGUUCUGCAUCGCCGCAACAUGUAGUUACAUUUCUGGAGAGGUGCACUUCAGGCUAAGGUGUAGGGUCCGUACCUACAUACUGUACGUACCUACGACGUAAAUUCGCAGAACCAUAAAUCAGGCUUUAGUUGUAAUAAGUAAUGACCUUUUUUGUUCCACUUUUAAGCUUAUAUUACUCAAAUAAAUCUGAUAUACUGUUACUGAGGUUUGCUUGGAGCUGGAAUAUAAUGCUUGCUGUAUUUCUUAAUAAAAGACAAGUAAACAAGA